UCAGAUCAUUCAGUUUGAUUGUUAGAGACGUCAAAUUGACAGUAUCUGUGAAUACGCCGCGCUGUGAACAUGCCAUAGUGUAUCGUGAAAACAACGUGAAAAUGAACGUUCUAUACAGUUUUAUUUUUAUUCUCUCGGUCAAUUAUUGCUAUGGAUUUGCGCUGCCCUUUGAAGGAUUGUAUGAAUUGAAGAUAAUUCAUUACAACGACUUCCAUGCACGGUUCGAAGAAACAUCAGUUGAAACUCCAACAUGCCGCUUCAACAACGGGUCCUGCCUGGGCGGCUUUCCCAGACUUUACAAGAAUAUAAUCUAUUUAAAACAGGAGAAGCCAGAUGCACUAGUGUUAAAUGCUGGUGACAGCUUCCAAGGAACUUAUUGGUAUACUUUGCUUAAGUGGAAGAUCAUAUUGGAAUUUAUGAACCUUCUGCCUCAUGAUGCUCAUGCAAUAGGCAACCAUGAAUUCGACGACGGCCCUGCAGGGUUGGCCCCAUAUCUUUCAGGGCUCAAAGCACCUGUGGUAGCAGCAAACAUGGAUACGAGCAAGGAACCGAGCUUACAAGGAUUGUACCAGCCCUACAUAGUUGUGGAACGGCAUGGCAGGAAGAUCGGUAUUAUUGGACUUAUCACACCUACUACUAAGAUAUUAUCUUCGGCUGGUGAAGUCGAAUUUACGGAUCCCAAAGUGGCAACUUUACGUGAAUCUAAGAAAUUAAAUGAAAUGGGAGUGGAUAUAAUUAUCCUUUUAUCACAUUGUGGAUUGGAUGUGGAUAAAGAAAUAGCACGUGAUUAUGGUCAAUACAUAGAUAUUAUAGUUGGAGGGCACACACAUUCCCUGCUAUGGAACGGACCGUCGCCUAGCGGUGAGCCAGUCGCAGAUACAUAUCCUGUUAUUGUAGAAACUGCUCCAGAGAUGAAACAUAAGGUGUUGAUAGUACAAGCGUCAGCGUUUACGAAGUAUAUGGGAAGUUUUUCGGUAUUUUUUGACUUCCGCGGCGACUUCGUAAAAUGGGAGGGUGGACCAAUAUUCCUGAACAGAUCUCUACCAGAAGACGAAGAAAUAAGGAAGAAACUGCAGCCAUAUGCCGAAAUGGUACACAAAGCGGAACAAGCGGUGGUCGGCGAAAGUGUGAACACGCUUUAUUUUGAGGACUGCGUGUUUGGAGAGUGUGCGAUUGGAGACAUGCUGGUUGAUGCUAUGAGGGAAUAUGCUAUGGAGUCUUAUAAUUCGUCAUACAGUUUUGUAUCAUUCAUCCAGCGGGGAAAUAUAAAAUCGUCUAUACCAAGUGGACAAAUUACAAAAGGGGUUAUCUUCGAACUCCUACCGUUCAACGAUAGGAUACAAACAUUCGAAUUACAAGGAAAGUACAUUUUAAAGGCGCUGGAGAGAAGUGUCAUUGAAGCCUGGGCUCUAAACCCGUUUAAGGGACCAUAUGUUUUACAAGUAUCAGGUCUCAAAGUGACAUACGAUAUUAAGCAACCGGAGGGCGGCAGAGUGACGUCAGUAAUGAUUGGUGACAAGGCGAUUGAACCAGAGGAGUUCUACCAAGUCGUAGCUCCCGCGUACUUGGCUGAUGGAGGCGAUGGUUUCUCGAUGUUUAAAGAAGGAAGAAGAAACGUAGAAGUAAUAGGCAGAGACCAAAAAGUUCUAGAAACGUUCAUAAAGAAACAUUCGCCACUAAACAUUACUACAGACGCAAGGAUUGUUAUAAAUCAGGAUCGACAUCACACGCAUGUAAUAAUUAUGAAGAAAAUAUAUUUUUUGUUGUUUUUUGUUAUGAAUAGUGUUUGUAGUGUAGUGAUAAGAUGCAAGGGAACCCAUUCGAUUCAUCUUAUACAUUAUAAUGAUUUCCAUGCAAGGUUUGAAGAAACAUCAGACGACUCGUUAAUUUGUAAUCACGUGAACGAGACAUGUUUUGGUGGGCUUCCUCGCAUGGUGUAUGAGAUCGAGGCGAUCAGACGGCAGCACCCUGACGCAUUACUGUUGGAUGCUGGAGACGCUUUCCAGGGUACCUACUGGUAUACUGCGAUGAAGUGGAAUGUGACGCAGUACUUCAUCAAUCUGUUGAACCAUGAUGCUCAUGCGAUUGGAAACCAUGAAUUCGACGAUGACAUUAAAGGUCUGGUACCAUAUUUGACUCAUCUAAAAGCACCUGCGUUAGCUGCUAACAUGGAUUGCUCAGAAGAACCCAUACUGAAAGGAUUAUACAAGCCGUAUGUGAUUGUAGAGAGAAAAGGCAGAAAGAUCGGCAUCAUUGGCGUUACUACAACAGUCACUAAGGGAUUAGCUCCAACUGGAAACGUGAAAUUUACAGAUCCAAGGGAAGCUGCUUUCCAAGUGUCAAAACAUUUAAAUGAGAUGGGAGUCGAUAUCAUUAUCCUGCUCUCUCACUGUGGAUAUCCAAUGGACAUUGAAAUUGCUAAAAACUACGGGCAGUACAUUGAUGUUAUAGUAGGUGGUCACUCACACAGAGACAGGAGACAAAUAUUCCCUUACCUUACGGCUGUUAAGAGCUCUGAUACACAUGAGGUUUUAGUUCUACAAGCAGACGCAUUCACGAAGUACCUUGGAAGUAUAUCAAUGGACUUUGACUGUGAAGGCAAUAUCAUAAGAUGGUCUGGGGGCCCGAUAGAAUUGGACAGUUCUAUACCAGAGGAUGAGAAAAUGAAGGAAGAACUAGCACCAUACGCAGAGAUAGUACACAAUGCCUCUAAAGAAGUCAUUGGAUAUAUUGACAAAGCCAUGCAUCACUCUGACUGUGUGCAUGGCGAAUGCUUGAUGGGCAACUUCUUGACGGACGCUAUUAAAUAUAUUGCACAACUUAGAUUGAACUGUUCGCGACCUUUUGUAAGUAUCAUACAAAGAAGUAACAUGAGAGCCAACCUUCCUAAAGGAGAUAUAACACAAGGAUCUGUGGUCGAAUUAUUUCCAUACUUGGAUUUUUUGGAAAGUUUCGAAUUACGCGGGAAAUAUAUAUAUGAAGCCCUGGAGCGGUCGGCCAGUGAUUUAAUGGAGGGAAAAACAUUCACUGGACCCUGGCUUUUGCAGGUUUCUGGAUUACAAGUUAUAUACAACAUAAGUAAACCAGAAGGCCACAGAGUAGACGCAGUUUUCGUGACGGAUAGCUCUAAUUCUACAAAAGUACCUUUGGACCCUGAUGAAGUGUAUCAAGUAGUAUCACCUAUUUAUUUAUCAAAUGGUGGCGAUGGUUAUGAGAUGUUAAAUGACAAUAAGAAGAAUCCCAAAGUAAUUGGUUACGACCAACACGCACUACGAGAGUACAUCCAAGCACACAAAUCAUUUUAUGUGAAUAUUGAAGGCAGAAUAAUUAUAGUGAGAUAA